AUGACGAUGAGUAGGCCGGCGGAGGGAGAUUCAAGCACCAAUGGUGAUUCCAAAAUGAUGUACAUGUCAAAUGGGCCCCACCUGUCAUUCCCUCGUCACCCCCACCCACCUCUCUCACCCGUUCCAACCCCCGCGCCGCCGCCGCCCUCCACCCCGCCACCGCCCGCUUGUCGUCCCGCCACCGCUGCUCCGCCUCCGGGCGCUCCGCCCCUCGUCCUCUCCCACAACGCGCUCGCCGGCGGCAUCCCCAGCGGCCCCGUGCGGGACCCGCUCGUCCACCUCGACCUCCGCGGGAACCGCCUCUCCGGCGUCGUCCCGCUGCUGCCGCCCACGCUGCUGCUGCAGCUCGACGACGACGUCGCCGCGCUGCGCCCCGUCACCGGCCCGCCCCUGCUUGCGCCCACGGCGUCGGUCGUCUCCGUCGCGGCCCUGCAGGUGGGCCGGGUCGUCGUCUCGCUCUUCGACCUGCUGCGAGACCCGCAGGCGCAGGAGCCGCUGCGCCGCCUCCCUUCGUCGCCCGGCACCACCACGCUCUCCCGGCACCACCUCAUCGCCUUCGCAGGUGUACAAGCAUAUCUUGCUGGUCUUACAUUAGCAUAUCCAAUUGGCUAA